AUGACACGUUUUGGCUUCGUCCUAUACGUCCACUGCUUCCUGAUCUCCAUUGGAGUCUCGUCUGCCUUUCAUACACAAUCGCUGAAUCGACAGCAAGAACAACGCACUGUUCUUGUUCUUCAACGAAGAAGUUCUACAACCAGAUUGUUUUCAGAACCCAAGUAUUACAACUACAACAACAACGGCGACGACACAGACGACAUUACCAAAUACACAUUUGAUUUGCCAAUGUCUGGCUUUUGGGAAGAUACUGACUUGCACGGACAGUUGAAGGAUCGUCGAAUGAAAAUUCACGACGGUGUGGGCAGACGAUACAUUGUUCGCACACGAGAAACAGGAAAUUUGAACGUGCACCUGGAGCCGUCGAGCGCAUCUGCCACGGAUAACGUUGUCAACCAGCUGACGGAUGGUCAAAUUGUUAGAUCCACUGGACCGACCAGAGGGAUUUGGAUUCCACACGAUGGUGGUGGUUGGAGUGUUUCGGAUCACCAAGGAUUUACUUGGUUGGAGCCGAUUGAUGAAUAA